CGUUUCUGUUAAGUUGAUCACGCUGGGUUCGUGGAGAUGUGAUAGUAUAUUUUUUUUAACGAGCUUGGGAUGCUGAAUGAACGUUUUCGGCUGAAGUCAGCAUUCGAGUGUUGGUGAACGUUGCGUCUGUCCCGUCCGAGUGAUUUGCUGCCCUUCUGUGUGUCGCAAUGUAUGAGGAAGGGUUCGCAGCUGUGAUUCAUUUUUGCGUGGAGAAGUCGGAUGCGGAAGUUCCGUGGGGGAUUGAGCUUGCAGGCGGGAUCGACCAAGGUCAACCGUUCACGAUUGCAAAAAUAUAUCCUGGAGCAUGGACGAGCCAGCGGCUGGAAAUAGGAGACAGAGUUCUCCAGCUUCAGAAAGCCGAUUUAAACACGUUGACGAAUUCUGCUGCAAAUCGCAUUUUGGAAGCAAGUGCCAAGAUAAACAAACUUGAGAUGACUAUCGGCAAAGCGAGGAGAACGAUAUCGUCGCUUUCUCGUCGCGGCGUGCGUGGGCGCAGCGCUGCCGUGACUCAGUCGCCACGACCGACACCUGGAUCUGGCCGCCGAGGUCACGGUGGAGAGUGGACCUCGACUCGUGGCUGCAAUAAACGUGGAACAGCAACUUCCCUGGAAUUCUAA